AUGAAUAACAUAAUAUCGUGGACUGCAGAAGACGAGGCCAUCAUCGCUACAAACACUGAUGCGACGGAAUGUAAGCGAUGCGCCGUUGAUCUGGGCUAUUGGAAGGAUGAAUAUAUUAGCUAUUUUGCUAAACAUGUAGAUCGUAAAGCUCCUGAAAUAAACCGAGGCUAUUACGCGAGAGUCAAAGCUAUGGAAAUGUUCAUACAUCAGUUUUUAGAGCGGUGUGGUACCAAAUGUCAAAUCAUUAACUUAGGAUGUGGAUUUGACACUCUUUACUGGCGACUCAAGGACACCACUCAAGCUGUCAGUAAUUUUAUUGAACUGGAUUUUCCAUCAGUUAUAAGCAAAAAAUGUCACAUCAUUAAACGUAACAAACAACUCCUAGAGAAGAUAUGCAAAGAGGAUGGUGAGGUGAUGAUCCGGUCGGGGGACCUGCACUCGGACGGGUACCACCUUCUAGGCUGCGACCUACGCUGCCUGAGCGAGGUGCGGCGCAAACUGGAGGCGGCCGGCGCCAGUGGCGCGCUGCCCACGCUGGUGCUGGCCGAGUGCGUGUUGGUGUACCUGCGGCCCGACGCCGCGCAGGCACUCGUGCGCCACCUGGCAGCCGCCUUCCCGCGCUGCGUGCUGCUGGUGUACGAGCAGUGCAGCCUGGGCGACAAGUUCGGCGAGGUGAUGCUGCGCAACCUGAGCGCGCGGGGCUGCGCGCCGCCGGGCGAUUCGCACCGCGCCGCGCCCGCCGAGCAGGCGCAGCGCCUGCGCGAGCAAGGCUGGGACGCCGCGCGCGCCUGGGACAUGGAGGCCGUGUGGCGCGCCUUCCCCGAGGAGGACCGCGCGCGUGUGGAGGCGCUAGAGAUGCUGGACGAGCGCGAGCUGCUGCUGCAGCUCAACACGCACUACGCGCUCACCGUGGCCACGCGCGGCGACCUCUUCGCCGACCUCGACCUCAACGCG